AUGACAUGCAGUCCUCGCACUUGCACCCGUUACCCACUAUCCCAGCCCUCGCACUUGCACCCGUUACCCCACUAUCCCAGCCCUCGCACUUGCACCCGUUACCCCACUAUCCCAGCCCUCGCACUUGCACCCGUUACCCCACUAUCCCAGCCCUCGCACCCGUUACCCCACUAUCCCAGCCCUCGCACUUGCACCCGUUACCCCACUAUCCCAGCCCUCGCACUUGCACCCGUUACCCCACUAUCCCAGCCCUCGCACUUGCACCCGUUACCCCACUAUCCCAGCCCUCGCACCCGUUACCCACUAUCCCAGCCCUCGCACUUGCACCCGUUACCCCACUAUCCCAGCCCUCGCACUUGCACCCGUUACCCCACUAUCCCAGCCCUCGCACUUGCACCCGUUACCCCACUAUCCCAGCCCUCGCACUUGCACCCGUUACCCCACUAUCCCAGCCCUCGCACUUGCACCCGUUACCCCACUAUCCCAGCCCUCGCACUUGCACCCGUUACCCCACUAUCCCAGCCCUCGCACUUGCACCCGUUACCCCACUAUCCCAGCCCUCGCACUUGCACCCGUUACCCCACUAUCCCAGCCCUCGCACUUGCACCCGUUACCCCACUAUCCCAGCCCUCGCACUUGCACCCGUUACCCCACUAUCCCAGCCCUCGCACUUGCACCCGUUACCCCACUAUCCCAGCCCUCGCACUUGCACCCGUUACCCCACUAUCCCAGCCCUCGCACUUGCACCCGUUACCCCACUAUCCCAGCCCUCGCACUUGCACCCGUUACCCCACUAUCCCAGCCCUCGCACUUGCACCCGUUACCCCACUAUCCCAGCCCUCGCACUUGCACCCGUUACCCCACUAUCCCAGCCCUCGCACUUGCACCCGUUACCCCACUAUCCCAGCCCUCGCACUUGCACCCGUUACCCACUAUCCCAGCCCUCGCACUUGCACCCGUUACCCACGGCCACUAUCCCAGCCCUCGCACUUGCACCCGUUACCCACGGCCACUAUCCCAGCCCUCGCACUUGCACCCGUUACCCACGGCCACUAUCCCAGCCCUCGCACUUGCACCCGUUACCCACAAACACAGCCUGCAAUCCACAAGCUUCCACACAAUCCCAUUACCUCGACUUACUAUCUUCAAACUUCUACAUAUUACCCACUGCUACGACAAAAUUCUAACUCCACAUAA